UACCAAUCCAUGAACAUCAACACCUCACUGUUUAGGGAUGAUGAGGCUAUUAUUUGUCAGGUCACUGCUGGAAAAUUCGGGAUCUUGCAGCAAGCCUAAAAACCAACCUCUCAAAUCCAAAUAUAAUUUAAAUAUCGCACUUUCCUAGAAGCUUCCUUCACUCAUUUAAGCCCCCACAAACUCAAAUUUCACCCUUUCACUUUUGAAAAAACCACCUUUCUCGUAACAACAACAGCAACAUAGUGAAAAAAGCCGUAAACUGAAAUCCAAACUCUCUUUGUCUUUGCCUUCAUGGGUGGUACCGUUUCUACUCCUCAAACAGACAAAUUUCCGUUGGAUACAACGGAAUCCAAUGACUCUCUUCUUAGGCCAUCGAAACUUCUACUCAACGUGUCCAUCGAGAACACGUUGGGUGCAAUACAAGUUUUGAUGUUGCCUGAAGAUACCGUUGGCCAAUUAGUGAAGGUUGCAUUGAUGACUUAUGAUAAGGAGAAGAGAAGGCCGUUAUUGAAGGACACCGAUCCAAACCGCUACCAACUUCACUACUCUCCGUUCACGCUGGAAAGUUUGAAGGUCAGUGAGAAAUUGAAGAACUUGGGGUCAAGGAAUUUCUUUCUAUGCUCAAAGCCUUCUUCAAUCUGAACUUCCAAGGCAGCAUGUGGCAAUUGAUUCUGCAAUAUUUCAUUUGAAGAUAUUGUUCACACUUAUUGGCUUCAAGCCAUAAUUAAUGCUAAAGUGAUUGAGGUUGUGACUAAUUGAAUCUCAAUUGGCCACUCAAUACUUUUGAGAGACAAAAUCUUAUGUAUCUUGUGAAAGGGUAAUAAGGUGAAAUGAAAAAGAAAGUCAAAAAUAAUACUAUUUGGAUUUAUUUUUUUUAA